CGGCGGCGGGUCACAUCAUAGCCUGACGUCAGGGCACGAGGCAUCCUGGGAUGUAGUCCAGCCCGGCCUAGGACGCCUCCUCGGAUGAAUGGGGCCGGCGCCUACUGGGAACUACAGCUCGCCGGCUGUCCGCGUCGGUGGCGGCCGCGGGGGAAGGGGAGGCCGCGGCGGGUGUCGCGGAGAGCAGCGCGCUGGGUGGGCGGCGAUGCUCCGUGACGCGGCGGCGGGAGCCCGGCUUCCUGGGGUAGCGGUCUAGGCGGGCGCUUCCUCGGCGCGCUCGCUGCCCGGCCCCGGCCAUGCACCCGGCCUUCGCAGUGGGCUUGGUGUUCGCAGGCUGCUGCAGCAACGUGAUCUUCCUGGAGCUCCUGGCCCGGAAGCAUCCAGGAUGUGGGAAUAUCGUGACAUUUGCACAGUUUUUAUUUAUUGCUGUGGAAGGCUUUCUCUUUGAAGCGGAUUUGGGAAGGAAGCGGCCGGCUAUCCCAAUAAGGUACUAUGCCGUGAUGGUCACCAUGUUCUUCACCGUCAGCGUGGUUAACAACUACGCCCUGAAUCUCAACAUCGCCAUGCCCCUGCACAUGAUCUUCAGAUCUGGUUCUCUGAUUGCCAGCAUGAUUCUGGGAAUUAUCAUUUUGAAGAAAAGAUACAGCGUAUUCAAAUACACCUCCAUUGCCUUGGUGUCUGUGGGGAUAUUUAUUUGCACUUUCAUGUCAGCGAAGCAGGUGACUUCCCAGCCCAGCAUGAGUGAGAAUGAUGGAUUCCAGGCGUUUGCAUGGUGGUUACUAGGUAUUGGAGCACUGACAUUUGCCCUUCUGAUGUCUGCAAGGAUGGGUAUAUUCCAAGAGACUCUGUAUAAACAAUUUGGGAAACACUCAAAGGAGGCUUUGUUUUAUAACCAUGCCCUUCCACUUCCGGGUUUCCUCUUCUUGGCUUCUGAUAUUUAUGAGCACGCAGUUCUAUUCAGUAAAUCUGAAUUAUAUCAAGUUCCAGUCAUCGGUGUGACGGUGCCCAUCAUGUGGUUCUACCUCCUCAUGAAUGUCAUCACUCAGUACGUGUGCAUCCGGGGCGUGUUCAUCCUGACCACAGAAUGCACCUCCCUCACCGUCACGCUCGUUGUGACGCUGCGCAAGUUUGUGAGCCUCAUCUUCUCCAUCUUGUACUUCCAGAACCCGUUCACUCUGUGGCACUGGCUGGGCACUUUGUUUGUCUUCACUGGGACCCUAAUGUAUACAGAGGUGUGGAACCACCUAGGAGCCACAAAAAGCCCACCUCCCAAGGAGGACAAGGAGAACUGACGUCUGCCUGGAGCAUGCAGAUAAGCGUUCCAGUGAGAGGGGGCUGGCGAAGGUCCAGCCACCGUGUCACUGUCAUCAGUGCUGAACGACCCCAGCGUUGAACCAAACGUGUACCGGAGAGUCCUUGGAAGGAGGAGCCUUCUCAGAGUUCUCACAGCUCUACAGACCGACAUUGUAGACUCGUGAUAGAAACCCCUCUACCCUGAAAUAGAAAAAGAAUAGUUCUGUACAAUUGCACAGCCUGUUUAUUUGUUCUUUUUGUUUUGUUUACCAAAAUAUUCAGGACUACACUUGCCUGUUGACUUCUGAGUCCUCAGAGGUACUCGAUUUACAUCUUUGGCCUCGGACAAGAUCAACCCUUCCGUUGCUGUCUGAUGACGCUACGCCAUAGCAGUUAUUCUUCUUCUGCGGCCUUGUUCCUUCUGUCUUCCGCCAUCCUUCCAUCCUCAGCAGCACUCCUCACCCUGACAUGCUCCAGCUGUCACUGUCAGGAACAGCUGGUGGCCAAGUGAACUGUGAUGGCACCAGGAGCAUUGGGGCCGGACUUCCUCCAGCUGGGAAAGGCGCAGCGGGCCUGUGAGCCGGGCCCCGUGACACUGGAGCAGGACCAUGGGAACUGUCUCUCCCACAUUUGCUUUUUUUUUUUUUUUCUAUAAAAAGUCAGACGCUUUCACAUCUACUGCUUUCUAAACUUAGAACAAAUCUGCAGCAUAUCUUAUGGCACAGUGUUAAUAAGAAAGAAGGGUUGUGUGUGUGAAUUUGAAAAAGAGAGACUCAUUCUUUCCCUCUGUCUUUCGUAUGAAGCCCUUGAGCCUGCAGUUGAGGUGACACCGCCACUCUGGCCCAGGAAAGCUGACCCUGGCGGCACCAGACAGCCACGGCGCCCCCUAGAGGCACAGCAUCACUCCUGGGCUGCGUCUCCAUGGGUGGGCAGAGGCUUUGAAAGGCUUCUUAAUGGGGGAGAUUCAGCGCAGCCUGACAGCUCUGAUAGAAUCCCAACCAGUCAGGCGAAUCAGUGAAUGUGUGUGUGUUACAUACAUGGCGGACAUGUAUAUGCGUGCUGUAUAUCUAGUAUGGAUACUUGAGGGGGGUGUGGCGUAUAUGUCAGGUCAAAUCACAACUAGAAUUGUUCCUUUUUCUCUUUUCCUGUGAAGUGUCUUGAUGUCCUUGGUGGGCAUCUGGGAGGGUUUGUGUGCAUUUAUUGUAUGGAGAAACAUGCAUCUUGUAGCAAUCAUUUUAAAGGCUGGUUUGGAAGGAGGGGCGCCGUGGGUCUGCGUGUGCUCCCGUGGCGGGGGUGUGUGUGAGCAUCUGGAGGAGAGAAGAGCGCAGACUCAGUGUUGAUUCCCUCUUUCUUCUCUUUGCCCCUGACUUCAUUAACCUCACACAAGUAGUGUAGCCAGGGGAGCUUACUGUCCCCUUCUCUCGCUGCAUAUGGAAAAGGCCUUUUGCUUCCUGCUGGGUGCAGAUAGUGUUCUCCAGGCAAGGUGUGGCCCCAGGUCCCUGGGCUCCCUCCAUGAGUGGUGUGCGGCCCACCAUCUGUAGCAGAGCUGUAGACGGGUCUGGCAGCAGUGGUGCAGAUGUGUCCUGGCACCUCUGGGUGGCCUUGGUCAAGUCCCUUAAGGCGCCCCAGUUUUUCUAUAAAGUACGGAUACUGUUUCUCCACCUAAGCCGCAGGGUUCAGGCUGGUCUGUUGUUCUGGAUGUCGACAACUGCUGCGUGCCUAUAAGGGUCUACUCCAAAGCAGGCUGAGUCUAUCGUGGAACCAAAAAGCACUUUGUUUAAAAUACGUGGAGUUCAUCAGAUUGACAGCGCCAUAAAUACCAAGUGUUAAAGAUCCUCUUAAAAACAAAGACAAUGAAAGCUCCUUUUCUUAUCCACUUAAUAGAAGGACCUGUCCCUAGGGACUGCUUGAGUGCCACCUAGCUGGCGUCUCUGGGUAACCGUCCAUCGUUACUGCCUUACCUAGCAUGGUAUCAACUCUUUCAUGCUGGUGGGAAUGUUGCCACUUUUCAUCAUCGAAAGCAGUACCAAUGUACACAAGUACCAUUUAACUGGGUCCGUUCCAUUUCAGAGUCUUAUUUUGGAGAGUGUCUGUUUCUCUCAGUCUGAAUACCUCUGCCAGUCCCGUUAGUGAAGGGGACAGGUAAUAGAUUCACAUGCUCACACACGAAACAAGUCGUGGGCAGCAGGAUGCUGAGAUGCCCUGUGGACUGAUGUUCCUCUUUAGUAGUUGGAUAGCAGGAACUAGGUCUAACCAACAUUUAGUCAAUACUUUGUUUGCCAGUCUUCUUUUUUUUUUUUUUUUUAACCAUGUGUUCACCUUUGUUCACUAAUUUUGCAAUCCAAGUGGAAAUUUUUUCCCAAUUCUUUUUAAAAGGGCAAAUAAACUAUUUUGUAGAGAGUCAGACUUUACUAAACGGAAUGAGAAAUGCCUUAAAUGCCUCUCAUCUUUCUCUGGGUCAAGACCAGGUAAUCUUGUGCUUCAGAGAUAGAGGAUAUAGUCUGUUUACAAAAGGGUGUGGCGUCCAAGACUCUACCCUUAGAGCAUUGAUCAAAUAGCGGAUGACACCAACCAGAAGAUGUGUGUGUGUGUGUGUGUGUGUGUGUGUGUGUGGCCACCUAACAGCUUGAUAAGACAAUAGACAAGGUUAAAGUAAAUGACAGUGGCUAUUCAAAUGAUACUAAUGUAAUGUCUACUUAUCCUCUACCAAAAUUCUAUUGUCAUGUUUUCAAUGCUUUUUUCAUUUUUUAAUUAGUAAGACAAUUUUUAUCCUUUAUUUUCUUUUGCAUCCAACUAAAACAACCAUUAUGUACAUAUAUACUUGAUAAGUUUAUGUCCCACUUUGAAGUGUUUAGACUCGGUCCAGGUAGUUUUUCCCCGUCUUCCUGCCUGCUCGCCAAAACGAAACACUGCAGGACUCCAGUGUGGUCAGUGCUCUAAGUGACGAAAGCCCGGGACCACGGAGUUGGCCUGUGCCACCCACAACGUCUUCUGUUCUUCUGGAAGACGACGCGAUAGUUUUUUGAGAAUUCUAAUAAAUAUCCUGUAGCCAUUUCCCGAGCACCUUUCCUCUCUUCUGCCCUAUUUUCUUUCCCUUCUUAACCCCCAGCCCCAGUUUCUUCAUUGCAGCUUCUGUUCAUUGCUGAGCAAGACGUAGAACCUCACGGCUAAGCCCCUCUCUCUCGGGCCUUCAGGUGGUUUUUGUGGAUUUCUAUCUGUGUGCAGCGUGUGUUAGUCCUACAUCCCUAUGAGCACUGAUACUAGGGGUGUGCAUCUGUAAGGGUGAGGGCGUAUAGCAGAGUGUUGAAUGCGAGGAUGAGUCUGAACAUGAAGGGUUAAGGUAAACUGUGUGUCUGUGUGUGUGUGCGCGCGCGCUCUAACUCACAGCGGGGGUGAGAACCUUCACCACCGUUGGCUUCAGUGUCUGGGAAACAGUUUUCUCAUUUUGCUCUUUCUUUCUACCCGGCCCUCGAGCUGCUUCACCCCACAGUGCCAGGUGCCUAUGGAGAAGGCAGGGGGAAGACAUUAGGUCAGGAAGAAUUCAAACCAGUGCCUCAGCACUGGACUGGGGGGCACGUUCGUCAGGGGACCAGUUGGCAUGUUAGAGAAUGUAGCAAAGAACUGAGCAGGUGCACAAAUCCGCAUCGUGAAGACCCGCAGCGUAGUGAUCGGAAACUCAGACCCUACAUUUGCUGUAGUUUGUUUCUCUUGGGCUUGGAAUAAAUAGACCCAUGAGGAAUUCUGCCCUCAUGAGAUAACCAAAGCAUUUUGGACUCAAUAGCUUUCUCCUGAAAAAUGGGGUUGAGUCUUACCUGGUUGCAGUCCAUUCUGAGGUAGAACCGUCAAUAUAGAUAUAAUCCAUUCAUUAUUAUUGUUGAUUGGUACGACCUUUGAAAGUAUCAGUGGUAUUUGUAAGUAAAAGAACUAGUCGUAAGCAUUAGAAUAUGUUCAGUGUGAACUGAGUGAGGGCAGGAGACUGGCUCUCCUGGCUUUGUAGUGUGUUCUCUCUUUCCAGCAGUUUCCAGGGAAGGAAGAGGCCAGGGAUCGUGUCUUAGACUCAUUUCUGUGUUGCUGGCCCCAGGCACAGUGUCUGACUUGUGUUAAAUGAAUGCUUGCCAAGAUCUCUUAUUCCCUCAAGUUUCUGAGAAACCUUCUAAUGCUUUCUGGUACCUACCCCCACUCUUCACGAGCUGGUUGGCAAGGCAGUGAAGAGGAAACUUCCAAAGAUUCCAGGCAAGGGGAGGAGUGGAGGAGCACUGAGGACGCCCCACGAGCUGUUGUCAGUAUGCAGCCUGCCCCCAGCUUGUGCUCACUGGAUUGCCUGAUAGGAGGAGGGAAGAGCGUUAUAUAUCAGUGUUCUUUUCUGUUUGAACCCUUGAUGAGAAUUUGCAAUUCCAACAGGUUCCCAGGCGAUGCUAAUGCUGCUGGUUAGGGACCAAUUCCAAGAACCACAAGUAGAGCAGUGGUUCUCAAAAUUUAUUAUACAUAAGAAUCACCUGGGGAUCUUGUUAAAAUGCAGAUUCUGAUUCAGUAUAUCGGGUGGAAUCAUUAGCAUCACCUGGGAACUUGUUAGAAAUGCAAAUUCUGAGCAGGAGUUCGAACAGAAAUGAACCGGGUUUGAAGCCCUGUUAUAUAUUUAGCACCUGGCAUCAUUGAUGCCCAGGAAGGAAGUGCUUGGAGAUGCCGACUGGGGCAGCACUGAAGAUCCUGAGAAGGUUUUGCAGUAGGCUGUAUCGGGUGGCCAGCCCCACCUCACAUCUCCAAGACCAGCAGAGCGGGUUUGCGUUGGCUGAUGUGUGGAGCUCAUUGUCCAUUUGUCUGUUCUCGGGGUCACACUGAGACAUCUCCCCUGAGCUUUACCUACUUAAACUGCUAACCAUCCUACCCAAAGUCCUCAUUUUUGAUCAGGUGAGGCAAGCUGCAAGGGAACCAGAGAGAGGUGAGAAAAUAAGCCUUCACUUAGAAGAAAUAAAACCCAUACUUCCUUAGAAAAAGAGUUACAAGAAUUUCCGGGCACGCUGAAUUCUUUCUGUUUCUUGAGAUGUAAAGAAGACUUGGAACCACAGAGGGAAGCAACAAUUUUUCCCAGUGCAAUAAACACGGCCGUGGGUCACUUGAUAGCACAAGUCAUUUUGGUGCCAGUCGCUUUCAUUCCAGAGAAUGGCGUCCUCUUCAAAAAGGCUAAUUUUGCAAGCAGGAUUUGCUGCCAUUAUGUGGAGCAGGGGUGGGGAAGGACAGCAGGGGUUUGAUUUAUCCAGCCUCUGAGCUCUUCAGUCAGUAUUUAGUUUUAAGCACAAAGAUUAGGGGUGGCAGGGGCGGAGAGUGGUGGAGAAUUGUAACACAGCUCGAAGACGUUAGUGGGUAUUCAGAUUUUGAGCUGUGCAGAUAUACAGCGUCAACUUCCAGCCUUCUGAGGCAUUGGAGCAGAGUGAAGGCGGAGUGGAAGUUUUUAUGAAUAAAGUGUUUUGCCAAACAAGCUGAAUGAGUCUUUUUUUUUUU